CACUUCCGCAAAAUUUUGGCCCAAAACUCCUAACCCUAGCUAAGUGAUCACACCAGACACACACGCAUCUUCUCUGCUCCUGUUGCGCCUCCACGAGCCACCUCCGCAUCUCGCCGCCUGCCCGCCUGCCCCUGCUGCUCGCCCAUCCACCACCGGACGACCGGCCCUCGCCGCCCGCCAGCCCUCGAACCUCGACACCCACCGCGUGCCCCCGGAUGUUCGCAACCACCGACCGCGCGGCCGCUCACCGGACAUCGCCGCCUUCUGCGAACCUUCCCACGAUGAGCUCCCCGGCCGCCGCGGCGGAGGCGCCGCGAACGGUGGCCUCAGUGGUGCUGCGCAUCCAAAUAGCGCUGCUGGACUGCGCCGCGGCGUCAAACGAGGCGCUCCUCCACGCGGCCGCCUCCGCGCUUCUCUCCCGCGCCGACUACGACGACGUCGUCACCGAGCGCACCAUUGCCGAUGCCUGCGGCAACCCCGCGUGCCCCGAUCCUCUCCCCUCCUCCGGCGCCGCCGCCGCCGCCACGGUGCCACGCUUCCACAUCGCCCUCAGCGAGCACCGCGUCUACGACCUCGAGGAGGCGCGCAAGUUCUGCUCCGACCGCUGCCUCGUCGCCUCCAUGGCACUAGCCGCCUCGCUCCGGCAUGACCGGCCCUAUGGGGUCCCGCUCGACCGGCUCGCUGCGGUUGUCGCGCUCGUCGAGGGCGCCUCCGCCGCUGCCGGGGAUGGGAGCGGGUUAGGGUUUCAGGGCGUGGAUGGGAAUGGGAAGAUGAAGGACGAGGGAAGGAAGGUGGAGAUCAAGGAGAAGGAGGUCACCGGGGCUGGGGAGGUUUCGCUGCAGGACUGGAUUGGGCCCUCCGAUGCCAUUGAGGGUUAUGUGCCACGCCGUGAGCGCAGUGCCCAUGGGAAUCGGCGUCUAGGCAUUCAGGUUGUGUGUCUACCGCCGCCACCCCGCCACACAGGUGCCUAGGCUGUAUGACCUCCACUCCGAAGGGAAAGAAAAAUAAAUUGUCAAGAUCUGGUAAAUAUCUACAAUGCAAUAUUAACCAUAGAAUGGUGCUCAAAUCCUAAAUGUAUGUGCGAAGGUUUCAUUGUAUGUUUUGGUUAGCACUUUAACAAUGCUAAUACACAGCAGUUGCUCUCUCCCUGGCGGAAUAUUCAAAAAAGCCUCUGACUGCAUUUGGUGCAGAAACUUUGAAGCACAGUAACAGGAGCUUGAUGCUUGACUUGUAUCAAUUUCACUUGUGUCAUAUAUGUUUUACACACUCAUAUCCCCCCAUCAAAUGUGUUUAUUAUUGAUCAUUAUUCCAGAGUGUAAUGAAUAGUAUUUUCAUGAAAUGUAAUGAACUCGAAGUAACUUGGUUUGAAUCCACUUUAUUUUAAAUUUGCUUCAUUGGUUUGGAUGUUUCUUUAGUCUAGUUUAACCCUCUUAGACUUGUUUGCAGCUCAUAGAAUUAGCCCUCAGCCCCCUUCCAAUCCCCAUCUGCUUAUGGAUCCCCAUCUAGCAUUAUUCUGAUUUCUAGUCUUGUUUCUAGAGAAGGACCCAGACCAUGCUGCUAUCGUAAUAUUUUGGUGCACACAGACUUGAAAGAAAAAAUAUACACCUUUCACUUCAUUGGUUGCUCAAAAUUUCAUAUCUGCGGAAGCUCGUAGGAACAUUUGUAAACUGAAAGUACUAUAUUAGAGACUAGAAGAAUUUAUUCUAAACUAUGGUAUAUUUAUUUCUCUUUCAGUCUAAGGGUGGUUUGCAUUGCUGUGAAUAUCUGUUAUUUCAAGUCAAAAACCUACUGUUUAGACCCUGAACCAAUUCUGUGCAUUGCUGUUUUUUAAAAAAAAUAUAAUUCAUGACUACUUUUGUAGGUGUGAGCUGCUUUGAAGGUUAAGGCAUCAGUCAUCAUUUGCUUCACCUAUUCUGAAGGGGGCUGCAAUCUACGGGAAUCGAGAGAGAAGCAGAUCCAGUUUCUGUGCCAUAGCUACAAACUCAGAAAAGGUGUUGUUUAGAUAUUUUUUACAAGAAAUUCAGAGGUCCUAUGAACCUGCAGUUACCUAUCCGUCCUAUGAAGUAGCAUCUUUCUUUACCUAUGAACUUGUAGGUUCUAUGAUAACGUUCGCUAACGGUGAAGUUAUUUUAGAUGUUGUAAUCUGACAUGAAGCAUUAGCGUCACGCCCUUAUGCUGAAAUCAAGACUAUAGGGGAUGCUUUAAAGAUGCCGCUUGCUUGGCCAUUUAAUCGGCCGAAGGCCUGCUAUCAGCAACCAAGAUCACACGGAGUUGUUGGUUUUUCUCAAAGAUCUUCUCAAGGUGCUGCAGGAUCAUCUUAGAUACGCUAAGUGGUGCUAGCUUGUUGGCAGGAAGGGUGCUAGGAGUAAACUUGAAUGCUUUUAGACUACAUGCUAUCUUAUGGUGAACUAGAUGCUAUCUUUAAAUAUUUUUAGACUACAACCUGGUAGUUUAAGUUUUUGGACUUGAACAUGAUGGUCAUAAUGUUAGAUCACUUUUAGAUGAUGACUUAGCUAGAUUAUGCAUUUAGCUACUAUAUAUAUGCAUGCUUGUAUGUUGGCUUUAUGUCAAGAAGCUUAAGCUAGUGAUAUAAUUAUAUAUGUACUCAUUGAUAUGGAUGAAUGAGAGUAUGAUUUAUCUGCCCAUUUGUGUAUGUCAUUCAAUAUUGUAUUGGUUCUGAACGUGAGUUUUAAAUAUAUGUGGAUUAUUUUUUUACCUA